AUGACCAGGAAUAUCUCCCCUUCAUCACCGAGACAGCUCCGCUUCCUCGUCAUCGGCGCCGGAUCCCGUGGAAAUGCCUAUGCUCGCGCCGUCACAACCGUAACUCCCGGCGUCAUCCACGCAGUCGCCGAACCUCACAAGUUUAAGCGGCGCGAAUUCGGACGAAACUACAUCUGGGGCACAGAAGGGACCUCAACCGAAGGGCAGGAAUUCGCCGACUGGCGCGAAUGGGUGAAUUGGGAGAUCGAGCGGCGCAAACGAGCAAGCCAGAAUGACAGUCCCAACACAAGCGCAACGCCUCCUGCAGGCGUAGACGGCGUCUUCAUCUGCACACUCGAUGAAACACACGUCGAGAUCGUUCAAGUCCUUGCCCCCCUCAACCUCCACAUCCUUUGCGAAAAGCCCCUAGCCCUCUCCCUCAAUGACUGCCUAACCGUCUACCGAACCCUUCAACCACCACAAGGCGAAUCCCAAACCCCCACCCCACCUUCAAACAUCUUCUCCAUCGGCCACGUCCUCCGCUACAGCCCGCACAACAUCCUCCUCCGCAAACUCCUCCUCUUAGACCGCGCCAUCGGCGACAUCGUCUCCCUAGAGCACUGCGAGCCCGUGGGUUGGUGGCACUUCUGUCACAGCUACGUGCGCGGCAACUGGCGCCGCGCCACGCCCGCCGGCGACGGCUCUCUCCUCACCAAAUCAUGCCACGAUAUCGACUUUAUCCUCUGGCUGCUAUGCUCGCCGCCGUCUCUUGAGGAUGCCCGCGCCCACGCCAUCUCUCCGCACUUCCCCCGCUCCAUCUCUUCCGCCGGCACAAUGACCCAGUUCCGUCGCGCGCGUAAGCCAUCUGCCGCUGGCGAUGCGACGAACUGUCUCACCUGUCCCGCUGAGAGAGACUGCAGCUACAGCGCGCGCCGCAUCUACAAUGAUCGCCACCUGGCAAAGGGCCACUUGUCCUGGCCUGUCGACAUCGUCUGCCCCGAUAUCGAGGAUGUGUUCUGCGCGCAGGGCGCAUCAGCUGCUGAGUCGCACCUCCUGUCUCGCCUGGCUGAGGACUACGACCGCGGCAGCACGCCCGACUCAGCUAUCGCCAGUAGGCCAUGGUACGGGCGGUGCGUGUACGAGGCCGACAAUGAUGUAUGCGACGACCAGGUCGUGACAUUUGCGUGGGACGACGAGAGCACGCUGCCACACCGGCUUGCGAAGACAGCUUUGUUCCAUAUGAUCGCGCCGACGGAAAAUCUGUGCGAGCGGCGGGGGCGGGUCUAUGGAACCGCCGGCGAGAUUGCGUAUGACAGCAACACGAUUUCGGUGUAUAAUUUCGCCUCGGCGGAGACGACUGUUAUUAAUGUGCCGAAGCCGCCGCCGGACCAGAAGGAGUCGCAUGGGGGUGGGGACUACGGGCUUGCGAGGCAGUUUGUGAGUGCUGUUGAGGCUGUUGAGAAUGGGGGGUUGGAUGUUGAGACGGCGCAGGCGCGGUUUGUGGGCUGUACGCUUGAAGAGGCGGUCCGGAGUCAUGCUGUUGUUUUUGCGGCGGAGGAGGCGAGGAAGGAGGAGAGGGUUGUUAGGUGGGAGAGUUGGUGGGGGGGAGAAGUUGAGGGCUUCUGCUGCUGCGUGGAAGGCGUAGUGUAG